UGAUAGAGAGAGAGGAUCGAUCAUUCUGCAAUUUUUGUUACAUAGUCACUCUGUGAAUUGUAGCAGCAAGCAAAAUAUCUUAUGUUAUCAAACGUAUUUAAUUUUUUUCUAUUCGUCAACUACGCAGUUUCUUGUUCAAAAUCCUAACGAUUUAUUUCCCGUGGUUGUUGCGGUGCUAUAGUGCGGACUAUGAUGAAAAAAAAACUGGAUUAACUGUGCGUAUAAUCAGUAAAAUUCCUCGGAAACGGUCCUGAAAAAAACUUAUUGCAGCUGGAACUCGCCUGUUGUCUAUGGAUAUGCUUUUACACAAUUCUGAUAUAAACAACAACUGUUCCCAACAACCACCCACUCUUACAUUCCACAUUUUUCGUGAUAACUUGCAUCACUGAGCGCUAUUUUCACUACAUCAAAGAGUCGUUACAUUGUGUGAAUUAGCCGUGAUUUAGUACAGAGUCUGUAACAAUGGAAGUAUCUCGCGAGGAUUGGAUCGAUCGAGCCCAAGAGGGUAUGAAAAAAUUUCUGAACCGUGGAGGUGCUUGUCGCGGGGAUGAAUCGCAGUUGCUACAAGGGACCAGCUUGCAGAACACUCUUGGUUACGCACUCAGUCUUACCAUGAAGAAUCCGAAUGAGUGGACCGACGAGGAACUUCAACUGGAAUAUAUGGAGCAACUGUGUUUUUACGAUGAGGAAUCCCGCAAGACCAUUGACCGUUUGAUGCAGCAAAUAUAUACCGGCAUCCAUCCGAAUGUUCCCUGUCGGUUGACGAUACUUCCGAUAGAGUUGUUUAGUGAAGGGAAACUAUACGAGGUUCCUCUAUUUCGGUAUUAUUUUCAACAGGCCACCGACACAGAACCCAAGUUCAUCGAUUCCAUUGGAAGGGUGUAUCAGAAUUUCGAAGAUUUUCUACAAAACAACAAGUAUCCUUCGGCGGAGAUGAUGUAUCCAAAAGAAGGAAAGCUUGUAGCAACCAAUUUGAAAAAUGUUGUGUACGAUGUAGGAAAAACACCCGCUUGGAAGAACUACUACUACAAGGCACUGGAUAUUGCCACAGGGAUAAUUGGCAUCGCUGGAGCUACCGGAGCUAUUUUUCUCUCCGGAGGUAUCGCGAUGCCGUUUAUUGCAGCCAGCGUUGGUUCGGCUAUUUAUGCCACUGGAAGGUCAAUUGAUGUACUGCGGGACAAAAGUGCACACCAGGAAUCACUCAAUCCUUUGUGUGAUCCCGAGUCCCGGACUGCCUGGUUAAGCCUGACGGCCCACGUGCUAACAUUUGGUACUAUGCCCCACAUUUCUGCACUAUCCGGAGUUGCUUCUACUAGUCAUAGCAUUGCAACUGGGUUCAAGGUGUGCAAUUUUAUCAAUGAAACUGGAAACAUUAUCAGCGAUCUGGUCAUUUGUGAUACUUUAUCGGCUAUGCAUUCCAACUAUUACAAUGCCAACAUUGAAACACGUCUGGCUCAUGCGGCCUCAAUUUGUUUCUGGACCAAAACCGUCAUCAGCAUACGGCAGGCGGAACUUAUGAUGAAGAACAAUGCGAUUGUAGCGUUGAAGCUUUUCGGUUUCGAGGACCACUUCUGCGAGUAUUUCAACAAUGACUCGCGGGCCAUCGAUAUUGGUUUAAGGAUUGUUAAAAACUCGCUCCAAAACAAUGUGCUCAUCACUUCCGACAGGAAAGACACGAAGGUCAUAACAAUCGACCGAACGAAGUUCUGCAUCGAGACUUUGCUGAAACUGGAACCGGAAGAGGUCGAGAAGGUGUUUCAGAUUUUGCAAGCUGUUAACACUGACCAAGACCACGAAUUGUUCAAUGAAUUACGGUUACUGUGUGAAAGCGAUGUAGAUUUAGUACGGUUUAUCACGGCGGAGGCGGAAAAGGCUAAACUACCAGAAUGUGAACUAGCUGAAAUGCUCAUACAGGUGUACGCCUCACUAAAACGGCAGCAGCAACUCAAGCUGAGUAUUAAUAUUACGGAAGGUAUCUGUUUUGGAAAUGGCCUGAAACUAAGCAUCAAGCAGGCUUUCAUCUUAUUCGCAUCCAAGGACGAUCACCAAGGGAUGGUCGCUCUAAUUGAUGCCGUGAUUGAGCUACCACCCGAACAAUGCACAACACUAAACAGGAUAAUCAAAUCCGAACAAGAUUACAUAUCAAUUUUUAAGGUGAAACCUAAUGAUGAUAAUAGCAGUAAGGAGGACAUUAGCAACAGAAUUAGAAAUGCAAUAUCAAAGGCCUUAACAGAAGAGCAGUAGAGUUUCCGUAGGAACAAAAUCCGUGGACAGCGGACAAUGAGUGAAAUCUAGCCAAAUUUUUUAGGGAAGCUUAUCGAGACUAGUAAGCAAAAAACUUUUUAAUGCACCGCAUAAACUGUAUAGAGAGGGCGUAAAACGCCCACAAAAACGCACAUACAAAUUUUUAUUGAAUGUAACAAAGUGAAAUUGUAGAGUAAAACUUUUAAAAGAUGACGCUUAAACAUUUUAAACAUGCAUAAAAGUUUGAAUUAAACAGAAACUAAAACUAAUGAAGAGACUUAUCUGCACCUGUUUAUAUAGAUUUAGGAAAUGAAACUGAUGCUAUAACACCAACAAAUUUGAAUGAAACAUAAAUCCUGUAGCUGGUAGUGAAGAAGCUCACAAUAGAAUAAUUGUUAGAAAACGCAAUGCUAUUAAUGUUAGAAAUGUUCCAUCAAUAGCGAAAACUAGCGAGCAAAAUGAAACUUGUUAUGAAUUUAUUUAAAAUAUUUAUACGAAAGUCUAUUAUGAAUGAUUUAUUUUCGACAAAUAUAUAUAAACGCUCUAUACUGAUAGAUGGCACCACAACCUGACAGUUUUAUUUGAAUG